CCAUCGACGAGAGCGGACGCGGCGGCGGCUGCUGUGUCACCUGUCACAGCGACGCGCACGUGGCGGUGCCGACGGCACGCGCGACCGUCUCUGAUAGCCGGCCAGUGUCAAGUGUCAUUUAGCUCCCGUCUCGUGAGCAAAGCUAAUUGACAAUCAUAAUUGAGAAAGUGACGCGGAUGCACCGAUUAUAGCGAUCGUCGGCGGUUAUUGUUUCUUUUUUUUUUUCUUUCUUCACGGUGUGAUGGAGUCGUGCGUGAAAAGUUAAUCCGACCCUCUGAUUUCCAUAAAGCAGCGAUCGGUAAAUCAUAUACGUGAAUAAAUGAUAUCUCGUAUUGAAAUUACCCAAGGCAUCGCACAUACGCAUUCAAGAUGGUGUUCUGCGCACGGUACAGAUUUUUGCAUAUGCUGCCGAGGUCCAAGAAUCGGAUCAUUUGGACUUGGCAAGCAGCAAACGGCACAGUGUCCGAGAUCCUGGAGAAAAAUCCGCUCACGAUGGCCGAGUGUACCGUCGAGCUGAUGAACGUGUCCGUUGCCGCUCUCACGACGCUCGUCGCCCUGAUUUUGAUUGUCAAGUACAAAUGCGACGCCAACAAAACGUCUUCCAAGUCUCUCUUGCCGUUUCACACGUUCAGGACGCUACUUUGCAUGCUGCUGCUGUUAACACUUUUAUUGGAGCUAUGCGAGUCCCUGCUGACGUCGAUCGUCCUGUCAUCGAUCUUGACAAUUAUUGCCGUGAUAUCCUGUUGGAUAUUGCAUCGAGAAACCGAGAUCAGGGACGGUUUUGGUACAGCCGCGUCGGGCGGUGGAUUUGCAAUAAUCUGCCUCACGCGACUGUGGAAACUCUACCAUCUGCACAGAUUCAGCCUGACUAUUGAACACGUCCGGUUUACGACAACGGCAGCCGUUGCUUUUUGUUGCGGAUUUAUGGCCAUCAUCGAUGCCGGUAGUCUCUAUCGUAUGAUAAAGAAAAGCAGACGGUACACCGUGAGAAAAAGCAAUAACAGGCGUACAUCGUACCGGCAUUCUGUUUCGCCAUUUCUCAGCAAAAUCACCUUCCACUGGGUGACUGACCUAUUGUGGCGCGGGUAUCGGACGCCUUUGGAACUCCAUGACCUCGGAGAUCUUCCGAAAGAGGAGACGAUGAAGAGGCAGUUUGAACGAUUCCGCAGCAUUUACGAAAUCGAGAAGCUGCGAUGUCGAGGACGUAAACUAUCUUUAUGGAAAUGUUUGUGGAAACGUAUAUGGAUGGUUUUCGCAGCGGGUGGACUUUUGAAACUUCUCGGCGACGCUACGACUUUAGUCAGUCCUAUGAUGAUUUCCAAAAUAAUCGAUUACGUGUCAGAUCGCCAAAACAGCAUAUCGGACAAAAAUCUCCUCUGGAAGAGAACCAUGACAUUUUCGGAGAUAUCGCAAAACGGAUAUUUCCUGGGAAUCGUAGUUUUCCUCGCGAUCAUUUUGCAGAGUACACUGAGCCAAGCGUACACUCAUAUAGUCUAUGUCACAGGGAUACGCUUAAGAACGGCUCUUCAGGCACUCAUUUACGAUAAGGCACUUCGCUUACCUUCUUGGAGUAUCUCAGAAGAGGAGAAGCCAUCCAACAAGGACAAAGAACAACAUUCACCUUCGCAGGCAGCUGACAUUGGGACUUUGACGAAUCUCAUGGCCGAAGACGCGUACAACGUGAUGAGUUUCUUCUGGAUCGGUCACUACGUAUGGGCCAUACCUCUGAAAAUCACUGCUAUCAUCUUUCUUCUGUAUUUGAAAUUGGGUGUUAGCGCAAUUUUUGGAGCAAUUUGCUGCAUAUUGAUCGUCACACCGAUGCAGCUAAUCCUGGGAAAACGAAUGUCUGCGAAUUUUAGGCGCAUAACGGAAGAAAGCGACGCGCGCCUCCGUCUAGUCAAUGAGAUUCUUCAAGGGAUACGACUCAUUAAACUACGCGCCUGGGAGAACAUCUUCGAAGAACGUGUAUGCAAAGCCCGAGAGAAGGAAUUAAAGUUACUGAACAAGAACUCGACAUAUUGCACAUUCGUCGACUUCGUGACUCACGCCUCCUCGAUUCUGAUGACCCUCUUCACAUUCGGAAUUUAUUUCUGGCUGGAGGAACGAAAUCUCGACGCGGGAAACGUUUUUGCCAGUCUCGCGCUCUUUUCGCAGAUGGCGGUGCCGCUUUUCAUCUUUCCGACGAUGGUGUCGAUUAUUAUCAACGCCAGAAUUUCCACAACGAGACUGGAAGAUUUCCUUCGGCUUCCGGAGGUGAUGAAUAUUCUUCCUGAGCAAACAGAUCGAAAAUCGAGUAUUGUCGAGCACAGAUUUUCAAAAAGCACUUUGCGCAUCGAGAACAACAUAAAAACAAACAAAAUAUCCAGCGUCGCAACAAAUGGAUCGCUUGACGAUAUCGUAGAGAGCGAGAGCGAGGAAAAUCAGUUGCCGAGUGUUUCGCGUGAGUCCCAUUUGGAGAUAGACUCCUCGGUCGACACGGUGUUCGAGCAAGAUCCGAAAGUGCCGGAUUCUGUCGUCAAGAUCACACCGAGUGUCUUCACCUGGGGAUCCGACGACAACACAUUGGUGCUUAACGAGCUCAACUUCCCACGUGGACAGCUGACGGUAAUAGUGGGAAAGACUGGAAGCGGCAAGACAUCCUUGUUGCAGGCGCUUUUAGGAGAGAUUCAGCGGAUGAGCGGAAGCGUCGAGUGGGCCAAGAACCUGAAGAUCGCCUAUGUGGCGCAACGGCCAUGGCUCUUGAACAGCACCCUCAAGGACAACAUUCUGUUCGGCUCGACGUACUGUUCGCAAAGAUACCUCAACGUGUUGCGCGCGUGUGCCCUUCAUCCAGACAUAGAUAUACUUCCUGAUCGGGACCUGACCAGGGUAGGCGAGAGGGGUAUCAAUUUGAGCGGUGGGCAGAAGCAGAGGGUCACCAUUGCACGAGCCAUUUACAGCGACGCCGAUGUGAUCCUCCUAGACGACCCACUGUCGGCGUUAGAUCAACACGUUGGGCAACAUAUCUUCGAUUAUGGCGUGAGAAGGUUUCUGUUGAGGAGCGGUCGGACGGUGAUUAUGGUCACUCACAAGCUGGAGUUGUUAUCUGCUGCUCAUCAGGUGAUCGUCAUGGACAGCUGUCGAGUUCGCGCGGUUGGGACAAAGUCCAGCAUCGAGGACGUAGAUUCUGAGUUGGCGACAGAAUGGAGGAUCGCGGCUUCGAGACAACAAGACGAUGCUAGAUCUCAGAGAACCGCCAGAGACAGGUGGUCUUUGGUCAAACUAGUGUCCAGGUUGAACGUGAGAGACGCACGUAUCAGUGACGGAUCAUGGAUCGCCGAUCACGAUGCCCACGUGAGUCCGUCAGUUUUUGUUCCUUUAAGACUACGUCGAACAACGUUAGGAUCGAGAUAUCUGGCUUACGAUCUCACAGAUCUCCCAGUGUCGACAGAAGAAUGGAAUAGCGGUAUAAAACGAUCAAAAACGUGUCGCGAUACCGUCAGAUCGGCGAGUUUUCAAUCUCAAAGACCACCGCCUGUUCUUCGGCAGAGUAGCACGCCGAUAAUUCUCGAAAACCGACAUGUGGCACCAAGAAAAAGAAACAACACAUACGACAACGGACAACACAAUAGCGUGUUAAAACAACUCUUCUCUACAAGGGUCAUUGUGCAAUCAGAAGAAGGCACGAUAAGCAGAGACAAAAGCGUCUUACGAAAACUAAUGUCUGGUUCAAACAAAUUACGUCAACACCAGGAAGAGGAUCACUUCCCGGCAAAACUAUUGUUAUGGAGAAAGUCGCAAAACUUUGACGAUAUGGAUGAAGUGGAAGAGGUAUUUAAUUAUGAGGACGUACACGAACAAAAUGCAAUCGAGAGUGACGAUAAAAGCGGCCUUGUCACUGGAACAAUCUGGAUGGAAUAUUUUCGAGCUGGUGGAUGGCUGUCAGGGAACGCUUACAUCGUAACAGCCUUGGCCUGUCAAGUUCUUCGCGUAUGCAUGGAUCUCUGGCUAAGUCGAUGGACAGAACAAAACACUAGUUCGACAACCAACGAACGUCAGGAUAUGGUGUCCUACUUCAAGGUGUACAUCAUUAUUUCCCUGAGCUCCAUUCUUGCGUCGCUUCUGUACAACGUAGCGAGUCAAUGGACGGAUGCCAAAGCAAAACGAAAAUUGCACCGAGAGGCUGUGUCCGGACUUCUCGGCGCGCCUAUUUCGUUCUUCGACUGUAAUCCAGCCGGCAAGAUCCUGAACAGGUUCAGCGCCGACGUGGGUGUCAUAGACAAGAAAUUAGCCACGUCGCUCAAGAGACUGACGUUCUUCGUGCUGCUCUGCGGCUCGUCGAUGAUCCUUAAUGUUGCCAUUUCACUGUGGUUCUUCUUUGCCGCCUUCCUGACCGGUUGCGCCUACUACAUGUUGCAAAAGUUCUACAGACAGAGCGCCAGACAACUGCAACGACUGGAUGGCAGCACGAGAGGACCCGUGGCAACGCAUUUUUCGGAAACUCUGUCAGGACUUCCGACGUUGAGAGCGUUUAAGCAAGAAGACCGCUUCAUGGAAGAGGCGAUGAAGCGCAUCGACGCAAACACUAACGCCUUUCUUAUCCUGAACACCAGCGACAGAUGGCUGGGCAUUGCGUUGGAUUAUCUAGGCGCUAUUAUCGUGGUGACAGCUAUUUUCGCAGCUUUACUUUCCGCGGAAAUGUACCCUAGCCGCGUGACACCCGCUUUAGUCGGUCUGGCGAUCAACUACACUCUCGUGGUACCGAUUUACCUGAACUGGGUGGUCAAGUUUACGACGGACAUCGAGAAGUAUAUGGGCAGCGUGGCCCGAAUAUCCGCCUACAGGAACACGCAACCGGAGAACUAUCACGAAAACGGUUUACAAGUGCCCGAUAAUUGGCCCAGCAAGGGAGAAAUCAUUUUCGACAACGUUUCUUUGAGCUACAACGCAGAUAGGGACUCUGUGAUCUCGAAUUUAACUUUAAGGAUACCAGCUGGACAAAAAUUGGGUAUUUGCGGAAGAACAGGAAGCGGAAAAUCAUCGACCGUGAUGGCCCUCUUCCAGCUGGUCGAGAUCAGUCAAGGCCGCAUUUUGAUAGACGGAAUCGACAUCAAGCAGAUACCACUUCGUACGUUACGAUCACGAUUGUUGGCCAUUCCGCAGGACGCAAUAAUGUUUAGCGGCACGAUUAGAGAAAACUUGGACCCACUGUUAAAAUAUAACGACUACGAAAUUUGGAAAGCCUUGGAACUUUCUCAAAUCAAGGAAGUCAUAGCCUCGCAUCCUGAUGGACUAGAUUUUGAAGUUCGUGAGGGUGGUGAGAACUUCUCAACCGGCCAACUUCAGCUUUUAUGCAUGGCGCGUGCUGUCCUUCAACAAUCAAGUAUUGUUAUAUUGGACGAAGCGACCAGCGCACUCGACGUGGCUACAGAAAAAUUGCUUUUACAAGCAGCUGCAGCUGCCUUCGCUGAUAAAACUGUGAUCACUAUUGCACAUCGAGCGAUGGCCUUGUUAGAUUGUGAUCGUAUCAUCGUUUUCGACGAAGGUAAGAUUGUUGAGGAAGGCUCACCAGUAGAUUUAAUGCAGCGACAAGAUGGAAUUUUUGCUACGAUGGUGACCGCAAUCAAUUAAAAUGACGAGCAGCGAUGAUUGCAAAGAAUGCGAGAAAACAAAGAAGACGCGAAUAAUUACCACCGACUAACAACCAUUUAUGUCAACUUUAAACAAAUCAUAGAACUCGCAACUCGAAGUUUUAUUUGUAAUUCGACAUUGCUUAUAGUACAGGAAACAUUUAAACGUUUAUAGAUAAUAGGUAUAUGUUGUAUGCCUACAUAUAGUAUAAAUGUAAUUUUCAGUAAUUUUUUAUAAGAGAAAUUUUGCUUUGCAACUUCUGUCGCGGGUUGUGAAUCAUCUUUAAAAUGAAAUUUCAAAGACUGUGCUGUACGAAUCUAAUAUUUCUUCAUAACUAUUUUUUUAUCAAACAUUAACU